AUGGGGCUUUCACUGAAUAAAGACAUAUCAGCAACAUCCUUUUUUAAGCCUGUGUCAGUUAUCAAAUUUGUGGAGGAGUGCCUGAACAUGCGUGAUACAUCUCGGCCUUUGUCGGACAGGGAUCGUGUGAAGGUAAAGAAAGCAUUACGUGGAGUUCGCAUUGAAACAACUCACCAACAGGAUCAAAUCAGAAGAUACAAGAUAACAGGGGUUACUUCCAUCCCUAUGAGCCAGCUGAUAUUUCCUGUUGAUGAUAAAGGAACAAGAAAGACUGUUGUGCAGUACUUCUGGGACAAAUACAACUACAGUUUGAAGUAUGGUUCUUGGCCUUGCCUUCAGGCUGGCAGUGAUUCACGACCUGUAUAUUUGCCUAUGGAGGUUUGCAAGAUUCUAGAAGGGCAGAGAUACUCUAAGAAGCUUAAUGACAGACAAGUGACCAACAUACUUAGAGCAACAUGUAAACGUCCCCAGGACAGGGAGCAGAGCAUACGUGAUAUGGUUCUGCAUAACAAGUUUGCAGAUGAUAGGUUUGCUCAGGAGUUUGGCAUCAAAGUUAGCAGUGAUCUAGUGACUGUUCCAGCCCGUGUGCUGCCUCCACCCCUGUUGAAAUAUCAUGACUCUGGUAGGGAGAAAACUUGUGCGCCAAGUGUUGGACAAUGGAACAUUCUCAAUAAGAAAAUGAUCAACGCAGGAACUAUUGAUAACUGGACUUGUUUGAACUUUUCACGCAUGCGACCUGAUGAGGUACAGAGGUUCUGUAUGGAUCUGAUUCAUAUGUGCAAUGCAACUGGAAUGGUUGUCAAUCCACGUCCAUUUGUUGAUGUCAAGUCUGCAGCCCCUAACCAUAUAGAGAAUGCUUUGAGAGAUGUACACAGGAGAGCCACACAAAUGCUUGCCCAACAAGGAGUGGGAAAUCAGCUGCAGCUUCUAAUCGUAAUUCUGCCUGAUGUUAGUGGUUCUUAUGGUAAAAUCAAAAGAGUCUGUGAGACUGACAUUGGAAUUGUAUCUCAGUGUUGCUUGCCAAAGCAUGCUAGCAGGCCAAACAAGCAAUAUUUGGAAAAUGUUGCACUCAAAAUCAAUGUCAAGGUUGGUGGGCGCAACACGGUUCUUGAGCAAGCCUUUGUACGCAAUGGCAUACCCUUUGUGUCAGAAGUCCCAACAAUCAUCUUUGGCGCAGAUGUCACCGCCCCCCCACCCCCCACCCACCCACCAGGAGAGGACUCUGCAUCAUCCAUUGCUGCUGUGGUGGCAUCAAUGGACUGGCCAGAAAUCACCAAGUACAGAGGCCUGGUUUCUGCUCAACCACACCGACAAGAGAUUAUAGAAGAUUUGUUUACUGUCACUAAGGAUCCGCAGAAGGGGCACAAUGUUAAUGGUGGCAUGAUCAGGGAGCUACUGAUUGCUUUCCGCAGGAAGACAAACAGAAGGCCUGAGAGGAUAAUAUUCUAUAGGGACGGUGUAAGUGAAGGUCAAUUCAGCCAUGUACUUCUUCAUGAAAUGGAUGCCAUCAGAAAGGCUUGUGCUUCUUUGGAGGAGGGAUAUUUACCUCCAGUCACAUUUGUGGUUGUCCAGAAAAGACAUCACACAAGGCUUUUCCCUGAGGUUCAUGGAAGGCGUGAUAUGACUGAUAAAAGUGGAAACAUUCUUCCCGGAACUGUGGUUGACCAACAGAUUUGCCAUCCAACUGAGUUUGAUUUCUACUUGUGUAGUCAUGCUGGUAUUCAGGGAACAAGUCGGCCCACCCAUUACCAUGUCCUCUAUGAUGAGAAUCAUUUUACUGCUGAUGCACUGCAGUUACUGACCAACAAUCUUUGCUACACUUAUGCUCGUUGUACCCGUGCUGUAUCAGUGGUCCCGCCAGCCUACUACGCCCACCUUGCCGCAUUCCGUGCACGCUACUAUGUGGAAGGUGAAAGCUCAGAUGGUGGGUCAACCCCUGGCAGCAGCGGGCAGACAGUAGCCCGGGAGGGGCCUGUGGAGGUGCGUCAACUUCCAAAGAUCAAGGACAACGUGUAG